AUAGUUUAAUUCGAUCGUGCGCUUAGAAAAUGGCUAGAAAGGAAGGACACAAAAUAAGGAUCAACUGGUGCUGGUGAUCUCUACCUGCAGGUGCGACAAUAAAAUAAGGAUCUUCCUGGAAUAAGAAUGCGCUAGGCACAUGCACAUGCCCGCCAGUGAGAGUGCCUUUUAAAGUCAGGAUAGCUAUUUAAAGCCAUGACGCUGAACGAGAGUGACGCUACGCGACUGGAACUGACGCGCAACUUUUUGGAGCUGUCCCGCAAUGUGGAGACCUGCACCGAUCUGCGCAGCUCCGACUGCAUUCAAAUUCUGGUGCAGAUCUUGCACGCCAAUGACGAGGGCCUGGCCACAGCCCGAAAAUAUGCCAGCCAAGCGCUGCACAACAUUGUGCACAGCAAUCCGGAGGAAAAGGAGCGCCAGCGGGAGGUCAAGAUGCUGCGGCUGCUCGACCAGAUCCUCGACUACUGCAACUUUCUGCGCACGCAGCUGCAGAGCGGUGGCGAGGCCAUAGCCGACGACGAGGAUCGCCACCCCCUAGCUGCGAUGAAGCUGCUGAUGAAGGCCAGCUUUGAUGAGGAGCAUCGUGCGACCAUGUGCGAGCUUGGAGCCCUGAAGGCGAUUCCCAAUCUCGUGCAUCUCGAUCACGCUGUGCACGGGCCGGCAGCAGGGCGCGAGCAGUGCAACGCUCUGAGGAGCUACGGACUGAUGGCUCUGACAAAUCUCACAUUCGGGGAUGAAAAUGUCCACAACAAGUCGUACCUAUGCGGCCAGCGUCAGUUUAUGGAGGUAGUGAUUGCCCAAUUAAACACUGCACCCGAUGAUCUGCUUCAGGUCCUGGCUGGAGUUCUGCGCAAUCUUUCGUGGCGCGCCGACAAGCACAUGAAAACCAUAUUCAAUGAGCUGGGCACAGUGACGGCUCUGGCCCGUGCAGCCAUGCAGAACAAGAGCGAAAACACACUGAAGGCCGUGCUGUCCGCUUUGUGGAAUCUCUCCGCCCACUGCAGCACGAACAAGGCCGAGUUCUGUGCUGUCGACGGGGCACUGGCCUUUCUGGUGAGCAUGCUCAGCUACGAGGGACCGAGCAAGACGCUCAAGAUAAUCGAGAAUGCUGGCGGUAUACUGCGCAACGUCUCCAGCCACAUUGCGGUGUGUGAAUCGUAUCGUGAGAUUCUACGCCGUCACAACGGACUGUCCAUCCUGCUGCAGCAGCUGAAGUCGGAGAGCCUGACCGUGGUGAGCAACUCCUGUGGUACACUGUGGAACCUCUCAGCCCGCUGUCCCGAGGACCAGCAGUUCCUAAUCGAUCACAAUGCCAUACCGCUGCUGCGUGCCCUGAUCGCCUCCAAGAAUUCCAUGAUUGCCGAGGGCAGUGCCUCGGCCCUAAAGAAUCUUGUGAACUUCAGGGCGGCCCUAGAGCUGCUGCCCAACGGGGAUUCCCUACCUCUCGAGAAUGAUGCGGGACAUGCGGGCACCCUGCCCCGACGGUAUAGCUCAUUGCGGCUAAGCUCCAAUCCCACCGGAUCCCUGAAGAAAGUUCGACCAGCGACAGUCGGAAAGUCUGAAUUUUUGACCAGAAAAUGCGGCGGCAGUCGCGAGUCCAUUUAUUCGGCCAAAUCCGAUUCCACAAAAUACUCAAGCAAGUCCGAGGGCGUCGCAAAGAACCCCUUUGAGAUUGUAACGCCCACGGAGGAGCAACCCAUUGACUACUCCAUGAAGUACAUGGAGCAUAAGCCCGACACCAAGGCCUUCGAGAUCGAUUUAGAUCAGCCCACGGACUUUAGUGCGCGCUACAAGGAGCGACGAUCCAUAACAACAGCCAGCACCGCUCAGCCGAAGAUAAAAACGGAGGCAAAUGAGAUAACCAGCGAUGCAUUGCCGUUGGUCAAAUCAGAUUCCGCCUCGGCGCUACUUCCUGUUUCCGUAACGAAACGGGAGGCGGGAGAGCAACCGAUCAACUACUGCGAGGAGGGAACACCGGGCAGUUUCAGUCGCUUUGAUUCCCUCAACAGUCUGACCGAGAAGACUGACAAAUCGACAGACCCAAUGGCACUUAAAACGCCCACAAAGCCAGCACAGCCGCCGCCUGGAGCUCUGACUCUCCACAGCAAUACGCCGCAAAACAUCGACUCGGCGCUGGAGACACCUUUGAUGUUCUCGCGACGCAGCUCGAUGGACUCGCUGGUGGGUGGAGACGAUGAGACGAUUGCCUGCGAGGACAAUGGUUCCGUCAUCAGCGAAUACAGCCGCAUGCAGAGCGGUGUUAUCUCGCCCUCAGAGCUGCCCGAUUCCCCCACCCAGAGUAUGCCACAGUCGCCGAGACGCGAUCGGAAAAUGCCCAGUCUGCCGAAUGGACAGCAUCAAAAUGAAACAACGCCAACGACGAUGACGCCUAGGAAAGCCCCAGGCAAUGUGUUCGAGGACAAGCUGAACAGAUUCCACAUAGAGCACACGCCCGCUGUCUUCUCGUGUGCCACCAGCCUGAGUAACCUGAGCAUUCUGGAUGAUUCGAACGCCAAUGGCAAUCGGGAAGCGCAUGGAAACGAUAUCAAUGGGAAUGGAGACGCUCCACGCAGCUACUGCACCGAGGACACACCUGCCCUGCUCUCCAAGGCGCCCAGCAACAGCAACCUGUCCAUUCUGUCCAUACCCAACGACUUGAAUGGCAACGAGGAGCAACUACCGCCACCGCGCGUACCCGUUAUGGCUGCCGCAUCCACAGAGGAUGCCAUCGACAAGAUGCGUUGUGGCGGCAGCUCGCUGCCCAGCUAUCUGCCAGUCUCCGACGAGAUGAGCAAAUACUAUGUGGAGGACAGCCCUUGCACCUUCUCGGUGAUUUCGGGACUAUCCCAUCUGACUGUGGGCUCCGCUCGGGCAGGUCCAGUCUCUCAGCUGCCAAUGCACCGGUCCGAGGAGGCUCCCAAGCUUCCACCCAGACGUAAUGCCAGCUCGCAGGUGGAAGUGGAGCCGCGUCUGCCGCCAAAGAGAAGCGACUCGCUCAGCUCUCUGUCGAUGGACUCGGAUGACGACUGCAAUCUGCUGAGCCAGGCAAUAGCCGCUGGUAGCUGCAGACCACAGCCAAGCGGUGCCAGUGCCAGUACCAGCUCCAGUCAUGCCAACACCAGUACCAGCACGCUGUCCAAGGCAAAUGGCCAGCGGAGACAGACCAUGGAUGAUGGCAGCAAGCUCAACUAUAGCUCGGACGAUUCCUUGGACGAUGACGAUGCUCAGUCCAAGUCGCUGUUCGAGCAAUGCAUUCUCAGCGGCAUGCACAAGUCCAGCGAUGCCUUGGAGUCCGAGGGCGAACCGGCAUCAUUGGGGCAGGCACAAGAGGGCAGCGCACGCGAUCGUUUUGUCAGCAAUCAGGUGAGGCAGAUCGAGUCCAUGCUGGCCGGAGGACGACCAACUCCACCCACUGCCAGCAUUCGCCAGCAGGAGCAUCGAGUGUAGAUUGAGACACACACACACGCACACGGAUAUGGUUUUCUGGUGGCUUUUAAUCUUUUGUCUAUGCUGUAACACGGUCUCAAUUUUCCUAUAGUUCAGAUUAAAAAUUUGCACUUAACUUUA